AUGACCCCUGUCGCGAUAUGUAUUCCUGAUCUGACAGGGAAAGUUGCGCUUGUCACUGGAGCAAAUUCUGGAGUCGGCUUUCAGACGGCUUUGCAACUGGCAAAACGGGGGGCGAAAGUGUACCUUGGCUGUAGGUCCGAGUCAAGGGCCAAGGAUGCCAUUGCUAGGAUGUGUGAGGCCAGUCCUGGACUUGGUCUUGAGGACAAAAUCGUAUGGUUACCGCUUGACUUAUCGGUCAUGAGACUUGCGAGGAAGGCUGGAGAGGAGCUAUUGUCGAAGGAGACACGAUUGGAUAUAUUAGUCAACAAUGCAGCAUGGGCUACAAGGGACUACGAACUAUCUGAAGAUGGUAUCGAAAAGGCCGUCGCUGUCAAUCAUCUCGGUCACUUCGUACUCACAGACACCGUCCUGCCUCUCAUGAGAUCGACUGCUCACUUACUCGGAGCAGACGUUCGUAUUGUAGCUGUUAGCUCGAUGGUCUACAACCGCGCGGGUUCAAAGGACUUCUCCAGCUUGGAAGCCCUCAAUUCCGUUCAAGGCAAACCUGGACAAAAAAAUACCUUUACCUCGAAACUCUGGCGAUAUUCGACCACAAAGUUGCAGAACAUACUCUGGGUGGCGGAACUCCAGCGCAGGCUUGAUGCCGAAGGGACUCCCAUAACCGUCAUGGCAGUCCAUCCUGGAACCGUCUACACAGAGGGUCUCAACGACAACACACCUUCCUGGAUAGUACGUCUCAUAUAUCCCUUCUCCAUCACGUCCUUGCAAGGUGCCUACACGUCGCUCUUUGCCGCUACGUCUGCAGAGGUGGCUGCUGCACGAGAGAAGUACAAGGGUGCGUACUUGGUGCCGUACGAUGAGGUGGCUGCGGUGACGAAGGAAGCGAGGGACACGGCUCUCGCAAAAACGCUGUGGGAGACUUCGGAGACUGUUGUGCGAGAUGUGUUACAGAGAGGGGGAUGCUAA